AUGGCAUUCUUUCGCGCAGGCUCGCGAUUCUCUCACUCCCUUCGACACACAAACAUUCUCCGCAGCUACUCCAGCUCACAGACAGCUCAGCUUGAGUCAAUUUUGGCAGAGCCAAGCUGGUCUGUAAAAUCAUUACUUCCUGAUGAGGCUUCGGGGCCACCCACACCAUCAAUCACACGGAAACAACUUCAUCACCUCCUCCGUCUAUCAGCCCUACCACAACCGACGAGCGCGGAGGAAGAGCAGUCCAUGUUGCAAACACUGGAGUCCCAGAUUCACUUCGUGAAAGAGAUGCAAGGGGUCGAUACCACGGGCGUGGAGCCAUUGCGCAGCAUUCGAGACGAAACUACCGCCGCGAGACAGGAAACAGCUAUUGGACUGGAGCAGCUCCGCGAUGCACUUGCCAAGGAGCAAGUUAGUGGACGGAGAAGAAGGAUACAGCGUGUGCAGGAUGAGAAGAAUACUCAACCGGAUGGAUCGGCCUGGGAUGGGAACGCGCUUGGUUAUGCGUCUAAAACGAAAGGGAAGUACUUUGUUGUUGAGACUGGCAGUAGUUGA